ACCCUUUCGCGACCAUAAACAAAACAAACAAAAGUAGGCAACUGGCAAGGCAGUGUGCAAGAUUUUUUUUUCCGAUUUUCGACUCAUUUUCUAGAGAAAGUUGCACAAUGAGCCAAUUGCAAUUGACCACAAAUACCGGAAUCCCUGACAGCUCUUGGCAGCCGCCGUUUUGCGUCAUGGAAACAACAAUGGGGGAAUUCGUGGUUGAAUUGUACUGGAAACACGCGCCAAAGACGUGCAGGAAUUUCGCCGAAUUGUGCCGAAGGGGCUAUUUUAACAACACCAAAUUCCACAGGAUAAUCAGGGACUUCAUGAUUCAAGGUGGAGAUCCAACAGCAACAGGCCGAGGAGGGUCAUCGAUCUAUGGCAAAAAUUUUGCAGACGAAAUUCAUCCCGAGUUAAAACACACUGGAGCUGGAAUUCUUUCCAUGGCCAACUCUGGGCCCGACACAAACGGAUCUCAGUUUUUCAUCACUUUGGCUCCGACGCAAUGGUUGGACGGGAAGCAUGCGAUUUUUGGUCGCAUCUACAAUGGCAUGAAUGUGAUCAAGAGGAUCGGCUUGGUUGAAACAGACAACUCGGACCGGCCCGUUGACGAUGUGCAGAUCAAGAAAGCUUACCCCAAACUGCAGUUUUAAAUUCUAUUGACUUGAAAAAAUUACGCAUUUAUUUAAAAUUGUAUAACAAAUGAGGUAACAGAUAUGCUUUUUGUAAAAUAAUUAAAUUUCAAUAAAAUUCUGAUUUUAAUUUUUAAAAA